GGUUGCUGCUGGCCCUCCUCAAGAUGGCGGCCGCCCUUCCUUGCUGACAGAGUGCUUCCGGUUAGGCCUGGCGUCAGCGCCGCGGCCAUGGCGGAGCUGACAGACGCGGAGCUCCGGAAGGAGCUGCUGGCGCUGGGCUACCGACCCGGGCCCAUCACCGAGACCACCCGCAAGGUCUACAUCAAGAAGCUAAGCUGCCUGCGGGCUGAGGUGGCGGCGGCGAAGCGCAGGGGCCGCGGCGCUCCGCCCAGCCCGGGCCGCAGCUCAGGCAGGCCUCAGCAGGCCUCACCCUCGCGGCCGCGCCUCGGCUUCAGCCUCAGCCCCGGCAGGGCCGGCCGCGACGGAGAGGAGGAGGAUGAGGAGGAUGAGGAGGACGGGAUGGAGGAGGACGAAGAGGAGGAAAGAGGACGAGCGUCCGUGUCCCGCUGGGAGGCCGCUGAGGGAGGCAGGCUGUCCUGGGGAGACCCACGAGGGUCACCGCCCGGGCGCAGCGUGGGGCUCGGCGGUAGGAACGAGGGUGGGACAUCCCGGGAUGGGCUCCGGGGGCUGAGCGCACCCUCCUCGUGGAGCUCCUCCCUGGAGAGGAGCGGGGGGCUCAGGGCUGGGAUGGGCUCGUCUCUGGAUGAUGGCUAUCGGGCCUCGAGCUCCUUUCAGUGGAGCACAUCUGCAGAGGGGAGCGAGGGGCUCAGCGGCGGGCCGAGGGCGUCCCUGGAUGGGUUUGGGGGGCCGAGCCCGUCCCAGUGGAACACGUCUAUAAGUAGAGGUGAGGGGCUCAGUGCAAGGGCUGGGAUAGGGUCGUCCGUGGAUGGGGUGGGAGGGCUGAGCUCUGUGUCCUCCUGGGGUGCAUCUGCGGGCAGAAGUGGAAGGCUCAGCUCCAUGCCCUUUUCCAGUGAUGAAAGCGAAGGUCUGACAUCCAGGGGCCAUUGGGACACAUCAGUAGGACGGACUGCAGGGCAGAACUCCCCAGCGCAGUGGGAGACAGCAGGGGGAAGGAAGACAGAAAGGAAGGGGCUUUUCUCCAACAGCUGGUGGGGACGGGAGAGCAGGGUGGCACCCAGCACUCAUUGGGAAACCUCAGCAGGAUGUAGUGGCUUGAGUUACCCAUUCGAGAGGAGAGAGGAGAGCUUGGCGCCCAGCAUUCGAAGGGAGGCAGACAGAGAGCCAAAAACCAGCAGCUGGGGAGAAGGAUUGAGCCGACGGCUGCCGUGGAGGGCUGUGAGUGGCACAGGGCUGGGCUCGGGCAGCCGGUGGGAUGCAUCUGCUGCAGUGGUGACACCCCGCACUCAGCUCCUGCGGUCAGCCCCCAGGCAGCAGAUGGAAGGAAAGCGCAAAGGCCUCGAGUUCUACCUCUCCCAGUUCCUUUUCCUCGCCAGCUUGGUGCUGCUGCUGAUUUUUCUGGGUAUCCUCAUGGUGAAGAUGAUUGGGUCAGGCUGGCUUGAACAGACAGAGGAGAGCUUUAAUCUCUUGCCUGUGGAUUGUGACAAAAGAACAGAUGAUUUCUGCAAAGCCAAAGAGAAGGACAUUGUGAUGAACAUGCUGCACGAGUUGUAUAACUACUUGUCUGUACAAGCUGGUAAUUUUGAAUGCGGAAACCCUGAGAAUCUAAAAAGCAAAUGCAUUUGGGUUAGUGAAGCAAGGGACCACGUGGUGAACAUAACUGGUGGUUCCCCACAGAAGUUUGAAGCUGCCCUGAAGUGGAUACUGAACAGUAACAAGGAUUUAGGAAUAUGGUUGAAAGGCGGAGACCCCUCCGAACCCGUCAGCAGAGUGGAGGAGGUGGUCUGUCUGGAAUCGGCCCACCCUCAGAUGGGGCUCAGCUGCCGUUUCCGUCGGGCGGUGAUCACUGCUGUCAUGAACCUGUUCCUGUUUUUCUGGUGUCUGGUAACUCUGUGGGGGAUCCUGAUCUUCCUUCGGUAUCGCUGGCGGAAGAUGGAGGAAGAGGAGCAAGCCAUGUAUGAUAUGGUGAAGAAGAUCAUAGCUGUUGUCCAGGACCACUACAAGGAAUGGGAACGGAACCUGGAGCGCUACCCCUACGUGGGCAUUCUCCACGUUCGGGACAGCCUCAUCCCUCCUCAGAGCAGGAAAAAAAUGAAGCGUGUCUGGAACAGAGCUGUGGAGUUUCUGGCCUCAAAUGAGUCACGGAUUCAGACAGAGUCACACAGAGUAGCAGGAGAGGACAUGCUCGUAUGGAGAUGGACUCAGCCAUCUUAUGUCUCAGAUUCAGAGCACUAAAGAGGAGCAGAAGCAGAACAACUGUUGAAAAGGACCUCUGCAAGGGAGCAGUCCCUUCUCUGGUGGUGGGAAAGAGCAGGUCACAGUCCCAACCUCCUUGGGUUGGGGAUUGCACGCAUCUGUUUGCUCUUCUUUCUUAAAAUCUUCACGUACAAACAAAAAAAAAAACAACCAGGGCAAUAA